CCAGACCCAAGUAACCUAAAACUUUUUGAAUAUUUGAAAAUAACGGAAAAUCUGCGUUGGAUUUAUAUGAUACUUUCUGCUUUUCAUUUAUAAAUAAGUCGACAUUAAAAAUGGAAACGUCAAACAAUGGCAGCAUCAAUCAUACCCCUUCAGAAUCCUUGAAAAUGAGAGAGCUAAUAGAGGCUAUCAAUGAGUAUUGCAGAACACGAACGGAAAACAGUGCAUUGAUUAUCAAAAAGUUCCUCCAAGCUUACAGUGUUACCAUUGAUGCUAGUGCCUUCGAUCCUGAUACCAGUCUCGGUUCCCAAUUUUACGUUAGUUUAUAUGAACUCCUGACGAAACUUGAACCACAGUCUCAAAUGGCAUGGGAUUGUGUAGAUGUUCUAUGCAAUGCUUGCCGCAACUGUUCUGCUAGACAAGCUCUGAUAGAUACUUAUCAGUUUAUUCCAACUCUGUCCAGACUUUUAGGUGAUCAACUCAGUAAUGCAAAGAAAAAGAAGCUUCUAAGGUUGAUGCAGGAACUUACAUGUGGCAUAAAACUAUCUUGGCAAGUACCACAUCUGCCUCAUUUAUUGAAGACGCUUACGAAAUGGGUAGAAGAUAAUGAUAAAGAAAUUCUCUGCCUGUCUCUUGGCGUUUUAGUAAAUCUUUGUUAUAAAAAUUUACCAGCAGUUUAUAUGUUAUCCAGGAUUACAUGGAUAUUAAAAAGUUUCUUCGGUUUUGUUUACCAAUGAAGGGGCCUUUAGUGGAAGUCCACGUCUGUAAACUGAUGAUAAUACUUGAUCAUUCACAUGACGAUAUUCCAAAAAAGACUCUGUUGAAUCUUAUCGAACCAACGUUUCUAUCAGUAGUAGAAUCUCUCACAAAGAACGAUCCUCUGAUGUUGAGAUUGGUUGUUGAUUUUUUUGUCGAUGUGGUCAGCGGCGAAAAUGCUGAAAUCAUGAAAGAAUACCAGCAUUAUAGGGAACAAGUCAGCAGGCUCAUACAGCUGAUCAAUGCGCGAACUCAAACUCCAGAUCCAGACACAACCCCAGUAGCUCAGCACGACCCGGACUGUGUGAAACUCGUUCUCAAGUUCAUAUACACAAUGGAAAUGUACAAACUGACUGACCUCUCCACCUUAUAUCCUAAAAUAAUCAUGCUAGCCCUGGACUGGUUGCAUUCUGAGAGAGUGUCUUAUCAGGCUUUGACUAUUUUGACUACAAUAACACAACAUUCCACCAAAACAGACGAUGAUAAAAACGUAUUGAAGCUACUGGCCGCAAAACUACCAGCCUUUUUGUCGAUUCUGCAAUCCGAAGCUUCCCCUACCAAUAUGGAGGGCUGUCAGAGACUCGGAUCCCUGCUUCAACUGCUCAGGACUAUGUUGAAGUCGAAUGCAAUUUGUACUGAGGUAUUACAGUCUAUGAAUGAAACAGUUUUGAUGAAGCUCUUCGCCCCAGUGUUGGCCGAUGAGCUGAAUGUGACGAAUUUGCCGAAGCUGAAAGUUAAUGAGACUACUACUACUUCGACUGAGCAUGUGGACACGUACGUGUAUGCUGUGGGAUUGGUGAAUGAAUUAUCGCAACAUGACGCAAGGUGGUUAGAGUUGCUUAGCACUUUGAUGGAAAAUAGAACUAUUCAUAAUUUAUUCGCGAUAGCCCUUUACGGAAGCGGAACCAAAGUGAAACAGCUGGUCCUGGAAAUGUCGAGGUAUCCAAGAUUCCCCAUCGAAAAGGUCGCUUCUGCAAUGGAAUCUUCACAGAACAUGUUUUGUAGCACAGGCGAUCCCAGAUGCCAAACAAACAUUCAAAAAUCAACUGACAUAGUGUAUCCCAUUCUAUCGUUUGCCCAGAUGGAAAUCUUGGACGAUACUCUACGAGGUUUCAAGAGAUUGAUGACAGAACAAAACUUCUCCAAUGCUUCAAUUAGCCAGGUGAUGGAGCUGUAUGAGUAUAAAGUAGCUUCGUUGGCUCAUUCAGAAUUGUCUGCUUCGAAAAGCUUGGAGGCAGCUUCUGAGCGCUGUAUCCAUCUCCAACAUCGGUUGGCUCAGCUGACAGCAGAGCACAACAAACUUGGACAGCUAAUACAUCACUAUGAGAAUCGGUUAGAGAGAACUAACAAGACAAUGGAGGAUAUGGGGAAAGUCUAUCUAGAGGGGAGGAAGCAAGCCGAUGAAGAACUUGCAAAACAAAAUAAAAAUGUAGCAGAAAUCGAAAACAAGCUCAAGGAAACCAAGCUGAAACUGUUGGAAAUGACUGAAGUUAAAACCAAUCUCGAAGACCAGCUUUCUAAAUGUAAACAGGUUAUACAAAAAUUGGAAGACAGUGGAAAUAGACUGGAGAAGCAGUUACAGAAAAGGGAGGAACAACUCAAAAAUGCAAAUUUACAUAUAGACACCCUAAAUUUGCAAAACCAGGAUCUCCAGAAAAUGUUGAGUCAGAAAGAAACCAAAUUAGCAGAGGUUACUAAACAGUAUAUCGCCACGAAGGAAUGUUUGAAUACUAUAACAAAAGUAGCAAAUACUCAUCUCGCUUAAAGGGAUGAGUAACGUAUCCAUGAGAAAGCGUGAAUGACUGAAUCAUUAUUUUAUAUAUUUGGAUAUACUAUAUUUUUAAUUGAGGUUUUUCAAAGUCAAUUUUACAAUAUCAUAUU